CCAGCCCGGGUAGGGGGCCUGCGCCCUCACCCGCCCACGCCGCGCCCCCAUUCCUUGUCCCCCCGACUGCGGGCCCGCCACGCGGACUGGCCGCCCGGGGGCAUUGGGGCAGGGGCGGCCCCAACCGACCGGCCCUCGUACCGCCAGGCGCCAGGGAAAGGGGCCGGGUCGAGUCCGCCACCCACCCCCCAACCCCGUAGCGGUAGCGCGGGGCCGCUUUCACCCCUCAUCCCCGACCUGCAGGCUUUCGCCGGAUGCUUUUUUGCUGUCUGAAACUGAUGCCUGCAGGUUUUUUGAAGUAUAUUCUUUCCUUAAAAAGAGACCAAAACAUGUCAAAAACUGCUACCCUGGAGACCUCCUAAAUCCUGUGGUGUGAAGGACCGUCCACUCAGAAUGUAUAGUUAAUCGUCCUACAUCUUAGGAACGUUUGAUGAAGGACAGCAGGUUUUGCUAUGUCUCUGGCUGAUCCAGCAGAAACAAGUGUAGAUGAGCACCUCCCCUGUGUGGCCUUAGGACCCAGGAGGAGGUCUGCAGAAUGCACGGGAACCCAGGACGCAGGUGACUGUUCAAGAGGCAGCCCCAGUCACGCUUCUGAUAGGAGUGUGGAUUACAGCAGAUCUCAGUGUUCCUGCAGAAGUUUAAGUUCUCCCUGUGAUUAUUCAGAAGACUUUCUCUCUGAAUGUUCUGAAACAGCUCGUAAUAGAAAUUAUUUAGAGAAGACUAUGAUAAGAGAAAAAAAGAAUGAGAAGAAAACGUAUAAUGUCUCUAAAGUCUCCCAACCUAAAGUUAACAGGUGGCCUUGUUACAGAGUACCACGACACUUGGACUUUGCUGGCCUCUUGCCUCGCAUCCCAGCUGAAGAAUCAAGGUUUGAAUUGCCAAUGAACUGUAAAUACCCGAGUCAGCACCCCAAGAGGAUGGUCUACAAGUCCGGCCGGAAGGAGAUCUCAGUUGAAAGAAAGCACAACUGGAAUGCGCCACUUUUAAAUGCUCAGAACAAUGUGAUUGCCCAAAGAAGAGAUGCUGUGACUCAUCGCAUCCUCUCAGCAAGGCUCCAGAAGAUUAAAGAGCUCAAAAACGAACUAUGCGAUAUACGUCGUAAAUUGGAAGCCACGGUCAUAGAAAACCAAUUUUUGAAACAUCUUCAGCUUAGGCACUUGAAAGCAAUAGGGAAAUAUGAGAAUUCACAAAAUAAUCUACCUCAAAUUAUGGUAAAACAUCAGAAUGAAGUAAAAAACUUAAGGCAGCUACUUAGGAAAUCCCAGGAAAAGGAAAGAAGCGCAUCCAGGAAACUUCGAGAAACCGACAGUGAGCUGCUGAAGACUAAAGACUCCUUGCAGGAGCUGCAGAGGCUUUCUGAAGACAAAAAUCUUGCAGAGAGGGAAGAACUCACUCAAAAAUUGUCUGUUCUCACAACGAAAACAGAGGCAAACAACAAAAAAAUACAGAGCUUGGAAAAACAGUUGAGGCUGAACAAUAGAGUCUUUAAUCGGCAGUUGGCCACUGAGAACCGGAAGACGUUAGCAGCCCAGGCAGCUACAAAGACUCUGCAAAUGGAAAUAAAACGCCUUCAACAAAAACUUAAGGAGAAGGGCCGAGAGCUUGAAAUCAGGAACAUCUAUGCGAAUCGGAUACUUAAAAAUUUACAUGACAAAGAUUAUCCGACAGUUUCUUCAACAAAAUCCGUACAAGCAGACAGAAGUUUUUUGUUUACAAGCAUGAAACACCAGGAAACCCAAAAAUCAGAAGAUGUUCCAUCUUUGACAACUAAGGGUAAAAAGACAACUGGAAACGUUGGUCAUAAAGAAAAAUCCACCGGAAUGACCUGUGCGGUUCCUCCCUGUAUCAGCAAACUACCAAACCAAGAGGAGUCCAAGAAAAAAUACGAAGAUUUAUCAAAGGAAGAGGACCAUUUGGAAGUACGGGCACCUCCAGAGAACCCUGAGAUACAAAGGGAGAAAAAAGAUCAAGAGAAGAAAACCACUUUAGUGCCCGAAGAACAAGAAGUGCCACCAAAGAGAAUUCAAGAGACUCACCCUGACAGGGAGGACACGCGGGAAGACGACACAGUGAAGGAAGAGUUCAGAAGUCUGCAAGUCAGUGACGCGGGUGAGGGGCCCAAGAAAAACGCAGCUGCAAACGUCAAAAUACCCUUCCGGCAGAGAAAGCAUUACUUGUUCACGGAAGCCACUGAGAACCUGCAUCUGGGCCUGCCCGCGUCAGGGGGGCCGGCCGGCGCAGGCAAGGCCCACGGGCUCGCGGAGGGACCGAAACCAGAACGUUCUGUGAGCGGGUACGAACCCUCUUUCGGCAAGUCUUCCCGACCCAAAGCAAAAGACACUUUCAGCGAGAAGAAAAGCAGUCUCAUGGAGGAACUGUUCGGGUCAGGCUGUGCCUUUAAACAUGACCCGACCAGCACGGCUGCCCCCAGGGGGGCCGAGGAGACCGCAGAAGGCAUGGCGCACCAUCCGCCUCCCGGUCAGGCCUCGGCCAGCAAUGCUUUUGGAGAUUCUAAAGUAACUGUGGUAAACUCCAAGUCGUCUUCGCCCACCGAAGAGAAAAGGAAAAUAAUUAUUUAAAUAGAAGCCUUAUCCUAACAUU